ACGUGGCGGCCACGUCCGUCCACGUGGCACCACUUCGAGUUUGAGGUUAUGGUCGCUCGUAAAAUAAUAAAAACGGCGAAACUGGCUCGUUUCGGAUUUACCGUGUAAGCAAAUGUCCACCGUCUCGUCGUAAAAACGGAUCCAAGUUGGCGACCGCAGGUGUCGAGAGUUCAGAACUUCUGAGAGAGAGAGCGAGCGAUUCUAAAAUCACGUGGAGCGGAUUUCGAUGUGUGUGCGUGUUGGUGAGAGAAGGAGAGAGAAACAAGCAGAAGAGCGCUAAUGACGCCAUGUUAUUGUCGAUUCUCUCUGCGCCGAGAGGAGUAGGCGUGGCCGUUCGACGAUGUGGCCUGCUUGGCGUGUACACUGUCAAAUUUGGUUGCUCGUGGAGUUGGUCCUGUGACACGGUUAGUCGGGUUUGCUCAGUUUGCCGCUCGAGAAUGCCGGGGCUCCGCCCCGAGCGCACACAUUGAAAGGUCGGGAGAAUCUUCGCAAGCUGUCACUCUCACUCUCGGGUCAAUAUUUAAAAUUUACACCGCAUUCGAGACGAAGUUCAUAAGGCAUAUAAAAAUAAUAAACUGCCGGCGCGCUUCUUAACGAUUUUUUGCUCGUCGUUUUCUUGGUCCUUUCCUCAUCGACCCCGGGGAAGAGAAGUGCUCUUAACGUUGACAAAUAGGUGUGGUUAUGAGUCCCCUUCCUCCCUCGGAAUUCCGCAAGUUGACAGUUCCCCCGGUCGUUAUUCCCGCUUUUAUUGUUUUAGAGUGUACUUUUACACAAUUGAAAGCUUAGCGCAGUUGAUCAAGCACGCAUCUGUCAACUCUGCGCGACUGUUUCACUCACACUUGGCCACUGUUUCGCCGAGGUUUGUUUUACGAUUUCACCGCAUGUUUGCAAAUUUUUACGGCUCGACCGGAACCGUCUUCCCUCUUCAGGACCACUUUCCGGCGCACUCGGUCCUCCAAACCGCCGUCCAAAACAUCUUCCAGGUGCACCACCGCACGGUUCCGUCUGACGUCGACGACACUCGACUGAUGACUACCUUUCCUUCUGGUGCACGAGCGGACGACCAUCGACCCAAGCCCAGAUUCCGGACGACGGCGCGGACGGGGUCGUCCGCGGACGCAAAAAAAAGAACCGUGUCUCCAUUACUACUACUUUUUCGAAGGGCGACGACGACGAUCGAACUGCCAACCGGCCCGGUGGAGAGUGAGACGGAGAAGGGGACUUACGGAAAUCCCGUCGAAAUCCCCGGGAUCUAAAGUCGGCGUCAGCGUCGCCGGGCCAGAAGACGAUAUAAUCUCCCGGCAUGGGCAUGGGGUGUCCGUAAGCUCAUAAUUACGGGGAGACGACGACGAGACCACGAUGACCACGCUGACGGAAAAGGAGGACCAGACCUGCAGUCUGGACCCGGGCGGUUUGUCAUCGUUUUUAUUUUAUUGUACCCCGGCCGGCUUGACAUCGGAGAGGAAAAAUGAUAAUCAUGCACCAGAUGGAACUAAUGUUGCAGCGAGACGUUGACGUUUUGAGGGGGGAGGUGGGACGGCAUCCUAGUAGACCUUGGCCUGAUUCGGUUUGGGUUCGAGCGGAUUUGGAACAGUAGGUCAGUUCGGUUGGAUUAGGU